GCAACUGAGCACUCGGGGCCUUUUCAAAUCGGGAUCCGUUACCGCUUCCCUGGCCGCCGCCAUUGUCGCGCUCGGAGCCCCUUAGCGCAGGCGACCGAGGCGGAGGCAGCGGCGGCGGGAUGGCGGACGCCGACAAGCCCGAGGUGCCCGGGGCCCCUGGCGACGACAGCCCGCAUCAGCAGCCCGCGGAGCCGCCGGGCGAGUCGCGGCGAGAACCGCAUCCCCCGGAGGCGGAGAAGCAGCAGCCGCAGCAGCACAGCAGCAGCUCCAAUGGCGUUAAAAUGGAGAAUGAUGAAUCAGUGAAAGAAGAGAAGUCUGACUUAAAAGAAAAAUCUACAGGAAAUAAGAAGGCAAAUAGAUUUCAUCCUUAUUCGAAAGACAAGAAUUCAGGCACUGGAGAAAAGAAGGGUCCAAAUCGUAACAGAGUUUUCAUUAGCAAUAUCCCAUAUGACAUGAAAUGGCAAGCUAUUAAAGAUCUAAUGAGAGAAAAAGUUGGUGAGGUUACAUACGUGGAGCUCUUUAAGGAUGCGGAAGGAAAAUCAAGGGGUUGUGGUGUGGUUGAAUUCAAAGAUGAAGAAUUUGUAAAGAAAGCACUAGAAACUAUGAACAAAUAUGAUCUUAGUGGAAGACCCCUGAAUAUUAAAGAGGAUCCUGACGGAGAAAAUGCUCGUAGGGCAUUGCAACGAACAGGAGGAUCAUUUCCAGGAGGACAUGUCCCUGAUGUGGGAUCGGGGUUGAUGAAUUUACCACCUUCCAUUCUCAAUAAUCCAAACAUUCCUCCUGAGGUUAUCAGUAAUUUGCAGGCUGGUAGGCUUGGUUCCACAAUUUUUGUUGCUAAUCUUGACUUCAAAGUUGGUUGGAAGAAGCUAAAGGAAGUGUUCAGCAUAGCUGGAACUGUAAAGCGGGCAGAUAUUAAAGAAGACAAAGAUGGCAAGAGCAGAGGAAUGGGCACUGUCACUUUUGAGCAAGCAAUUGAAGCAGUUCAAGCAAUUUCUAUGUUCAAUGGACAGUUUUUAUUUGAUAGACCUAUGCAUGUGAAAAUGGAUGACAAGUCUGUUCCUCAUGAAGAGUACCGUUCACAUGACAGUAAAACGCCACAACUACCACGUGGUCUUGGAGGCAUUGGAAUGGGACUUGGUCCAGGUGGACAGCCUAUUAGUGCCAGCCAGUUGAAUAUAGGUGGUGUGAUGGGAAAUUUAGGUCCAAGUGGUAUGGGAAUGGAUGGUCCAGGUUUUGGAGGAAUGAAUAGAAUUGGAGGAGGAAUUGGGUUUGGUGGUCUGGAAGCAAUGAAUAGCAUGGGAGGAUUUGGAGGAGUUGGCCGAAUGGGAGAGCUAUACCGUGGUGCGAUGACUAGUAGCAUGGAGCGAGAUUUUGGACGUGGUGAUAUUGGAAUAAAUCGAGGCUUUGGAGAUUCCUUUGGUAGACUUGGCAGUGCAAUGAUUGGAGGGUUUGCAGGAAGAAUAGGAGCUUCUAACAUGGGUCCAGUAGGAUCUGGAAUAAGUGGUGGAAUGGGUGGCAUGAACAGUGUGACUGGAGGAAUGGGGAUAGGACUGGACCGGAUGAAUUCCAGCUUUGAUAGAAUGGGACCAGGUAUAGGAGCUAUACUGGAAAGGAGCAUCGAUAUGGAUCGAGGAUUUUUGUCGGGUCCAAUGGGAAGCGGAAUGAGAGACAGAAUAGGCUCCAAAGGCAACCAGAUAUUUGUCAGAAAUCUGCCUUUUGACUUGACUUGGCAGAAACUAAAAGAGAAAUUCAGUCAGUGUGGUCAUGUAAUGUUUGCAGAAAUAAAAAUGGAGAAUGGAAAGUCGAAAGGCUGUGGAACGGUCAGAUUUGACUCGCCAGAAUCAGCUGAAAAAGCCUGUAGAAUAAUGAAUGGCAUAAAAAUCAGUGGCAGAGAAAUCGAUGUUCGCUUGGAUCGUAAUGCAUAAUUUCAAACCAUGGUUGGAACAUUCCUACAUCUGUUUUGCUGAAUCUCCUAGUAAAAGUCAUUUUUUAAGUAAUACUGUAUGCUUACAAAAGCUGUAAAAAUGUACUUUUAAAACUCCCACCAGCUUUUAACAGUAUAAUGUUAAAAAUAUACUGUGAUUUUUGUUAAUCUCAAGUUUGGGUUUUUAAAGACAGCAAGUCUGGUCAUUCAGUUUAAAUGAAUGGUUAUACUGUUUUUAAUGAAACAAGCCAUUUUCUUCUUGUUUUCAGUACUAUAUAGUGGGAUUUGUUUGUUCUAGUUUCCCCAGCUUUUAUCAACUUAUUGUGAGGUAAAACAUAGAUUUUUUUUUUUAAAACUUCUGUUUUAUAAUAUGUAAUUGCUCAUGAGAAGAAAGGGCUCAGACAAAUUAGGAUGUGAUUUUGGUUGGUUUUGAGUUACUUUGGUGAUGAAGAAUUACUGUGAGUUUUAGAUUCUGAAGUUCAGGAUGUUUUUUAUUUGAUUUAAACGAAGAAAUGGAUUUUUCCCUCUCUUCCCCUCCCUGCCAUUCACAUUUCCCACAUAACACUAUUAAAAAUAUCAACCUCCACAACCCCUUAUUUUAUUAUUUCCAAUAAUUCCAAGUUCAUAUAGAAUCGAUAGUGUAGCAAGCCCCAAGUAUAAUAAUAGGCAAACUCCUCCCAACUUUUUGUCUAGUUUCCAGCCAUUGAAGUGAACUGCUAAAAAGAGAAAAAUAAUUGAAAUGUUGAGAGAGAUGGUUAUGUAAGUUAGUCCUCUGCUGUUCACUUCUAUAGGAGCUGAUACAUUUAUAAAUGCAGUUUUAAUAAACCAUGGAACGCCAAGACAUAGCAUAUCAAAUACAUUGGAUCCCACGAUGUUAGACAUAGCCAUGUCUCCUUUACCUACAUAAGAAAAACAUGUUGUUAAAAUAUGCAUACCAGUACUGUAUUUUAUUAAUAGUUUUCAUAAGGAAAAAAACACUGGAUACUUUUUGUUGUUGGUUGGUUUUGGAAUAUUGUUAUUAGAGCAAAAGUCUUAUUGAGUUUGUAUUUCAAAAUUUUUCUUGGGUUAGUAUUUAUAGUUUAACAUUUAUUUAAUAAUAAUUAUCAUUAUUUAUUAAACCAUUUUUCAAUAAGGUAUGUAGCUUACUCAUUGCUUUUCAUUCAAAUUUAAAUGGUUAAUUACUAUUUGAUGUACAUUUCAGGUGAAUAUGAUUUGGGGGAUUAGAAUAAGUGAAAUUAAUCUAUUAAAUAGUAAACUCUU